ACGUUUAGUGCUGUCUCUCAACUCACCAGUCUUUAAAUAUCAAGAUCCUUAUCAGACAAAAAUAUAACCUGCUCAAGAUGCCAUUAGUGACUAAAAUUCGCCUAUUUUGUAGUAAUUAUACAAUUUGUUAUAUGUCUGAGGAAUUAUUCGUUUUUCCCGACAAGAAGUACUAUGAAAAUCUUGGUGUGAAAUCCGGGGAUGCGUGGGAAUUGGACAUAGAACGAUGUGAUGGAGAUCGCAAAACCAAGUCACUAAAAAUGGUUGUAAAUGCAUUAUUUCUGCAGCCAUUUGUGAGAGAAUGUUUAAAUUCCAAAACAUAUAGGACUAAUGUGGUGAAUCAUUUGAAUCAGCGUUGUGGGAAUACUGAGAAUGGGACAGCCUUUUUAAAAUUAAUUCUGAAGCCACCUGAUUCAGAAGUUAUAGAUUAUGCAUGGAAUGAAAGGAUACUGAAACUAGUAUGGAGCAGGGUAGAAAUAGAGAAUGCAUUUUCUUGGCUGUCCACCCUCGGAGGUGCCUACUCCGCUCUUGGAGACUACUUUGAGGACUGUGCUGAGGAAGCAGGUAGGAUAUCAUUACGGCAAUACAAGCUCUCCCAAAUGUUGGGAGACGACGCCUUGGCAGCCCGGAGCAAACUCUAUUCUGCACUCUCAUAUGCUCAGAAAGGGAAACUCAAACUGUCAAGGCAUAUUGUGAGGCACAUCCACGCAUUUGGUAGACACACCCAUGAUAAGAGGUUGGUGCGUAUGUGCCAAGGCGUUUGGGCGAAACUGAAGUAUCUAAGGGCAAUUAAAAAUAGUUCUGGUAAAGGUGGCGGUAACGGUAAAAUUGUGUAAUAAUUGAGAUAUAAGCAGUGUAUCAUUAGUUUGAAUUGUCAUAAAAUGAAAACUGACUAUG